AUGUCCAGCCUCGUCCAGACCAGCGGGGCACUCACUCUCUUCCUUCUGUCCACGAUCGCGCUGGUUCAUAGACUCCAUGGAAGGAAAUCUACAGCCGGGAAAGAGUCGAUUGCGAUUGUCGUGCUCGGCGAUGUAGGCCGAAGUCCCCGGAUGAUGCGACACGCGCUUUCGUUUGCAGACCAGCAGUGGUACGUAUCCAUAUUUGCCUACACAGAUUCCAAGCCUCCCAAUGCCCUCCUUCAACACCCUAACAUCAAACUCGUCAAUUUGGCCGAAUUUCCCGAUCGGAUCUCUUCCCUCUUGCCCCGAAUAUUCUUCGUGCUCGUCAUCGGUCCACUCAAGGCGCUCUAUCUCAGCGCAAGCUUGGCAUGGGCUCUCCUCUUCAAAGCCAACCAGUCUUCCUACAUCAUGGUCCAGAAUCCACCAGCGAUUCCAACCCUUCCGAUCGUCCAACUUUCAAGAUUGAUGAUAGGCUCCAAACUGAUAAUUGACUGGCACAACACGGCAUAUUCGAUUCUUGCUCUCAAGUUCCGAACAGAACGUCAUCCGAUGGUCCGUCUUGCCAAAUGGAUAGAAGCAAAGUUUGGGAAACACGCCACGCUCCAUCUUUUUGUGACAGAAGCAGAGAAACAAGCCUUAUCUGAAAUGUGGAAUUUACGAGGUUCGAAAAAAGUUUUUUAUGAUCGGCCGCCUAAGUCCUUCUGUCGGUUGACGGUCCCGGAGAUACAUUCUUUCCUUAGUCAAUCAUCAUUCAACUAUAAUUCGGUUUUACAGCAGAUGUUUAUCGGGGGUGAACUUGAGAAAGAAACCAUACUAUCGUACGAAGAUCCAGAGACCAAGACUGCGAAGAUGAAAGCGGAUAGGCCAGCGCUGGUGGUAUCGUCGACGUCCUGGACGAUCGACGAAGAUUUCAGCGUCCUAAUCGAUGCUCUUUCGAUGUAUGCACGAUCCAAAAAGAGCCAAAAAUCGAUUCCGAAACUCCUCUGUUUGAUCACCGGAAAAGGGCCGUUGAAAGCGCAUUAUCUCGAGAUAAUUGAGCGAACGUCGAGCGAGGAAGGAUGGAAAGAGCUCGGGAUCGUCUGCCAAUCCGUCUGGUUUGACGACCCUGAACACUAUCGGCAGUUGUUGGGCGCCGCUGACCUCGGGAUCAGUCUCCAUCAAAGCUCCUCAGGCCUGGACUUGCCCAUGAAAGUCGUCGAUAUGUUCGGCUGUCGGUUGCCCGUCUGUGCGAGGAACUUCAACUGCAUCUCGGAGUUGGUAAAGCAUGGCCAAAACGGGUUGGUUUUCGAUUCCGCUGUCGAAUUAUCUGAGCAAUUAAAGGAACUUCUAACGGGAUUCAAUCCAGCACGCAGUAUGAAAGAAUUGGCGUCAUCAAACAGUAACAGUCGUACCCUGAAAGACCUGCAAACAGGCAUAGAAAAUGCGAUGUAUGGUGCGGUUCUUUCAACUAAUGACAAGGAUCUCGAUCGGCUUCAGUCUAGUGGUUGUAGGUCUUGGUCUUGCUGGGAAGAGGAAUGGAACCAACAAGUUUUUCAAACUGUUCAAAAUCUUUGA